UAACACAACAGCAGCAGCAGCAGUAACAGUAACAGCAGCAGAGCUGCACAGUCCCUCUAACAUCAGAGCUGGGUAUGUGCCAUAGAAUUCAUUGCACCACAGCCAGCACCUUAAAAUAUGGCAAGGACAAAUGGCAACAAGUGUUUCUGAUCAACAGAGAAACGGAGACAUCAAGGUGGCAUAACACCAGACACAAGGCACGGAUCAACACUAAAAGGGAAGCCACGAUAUCAUUUCAAAUAUGUUAAUGAUGAAUGCUGUAACAAGUACAAUUGUGAUGAAGGGGAGUAAGGUUGCCCGGACAUGGCCUCCGUUCUUGGUCUUUGUGGUACUAACUAUUGUUGAUGACUUGUUAGCAUGUCCCACACACUGUUCUUGUAAAAACUAUGAAGUGGAUUGUAGCAAUCUUGGCCUGGUGACGAUUCCAACAGACAUUCCAUCAAACACCAAGUUUCUCUCGCUCAGCAACAACAAACUGAGCACCUUGCAGGCGCGCACAUUUGCUAAUGUCACCACACUGGAGAAACUGGAUCUGUCCAACAACUACCUGGACCAACUACCGACAAAUGUAUUUGAUUACAUCAAGAACCUGGUCGACCUCAACUUACGAAAUAACAGCAUUCGAAGCCUGGAUGAAAACAUCUUCGAAAAGACCACCAACUUGCAGAGAUUAGAUCUAUCUGUUAACGGCAUCUCCCAGAUUUCACUGCUCUUAUUUGAUGAGAUGCAGAACUUGACCUGGUUGAACUUGGAAGAGAACAGGAUGGCAAAUCUGGAAAGGGAGAUCUUUGAGCCACUUGAGGUUCUUCAGCAAUUACAACUCGGCGGAAACCCCUGGGAGUGUGACUGCAGUCUGAGGGAUUUCAAACACUGGAUGGAGUGGUUCCAGUACAAAGGUGGAAAACUUGAUGGAAUUGAAUGUUCUCUGCCGAAAGGCCUCCGCGGGAAAGAUCUCAGAGUAAUCCCAAUCGAGAUGUUCAACUAUUGCAUCCAACUGGAGGAUGAAAAUAAAUCUUCAGCAAAUGAAAAAACAGUGCCUGCACCUCCCUGUGUGAAGCAAGAGGUUGUCACUGCAAGACCACACUACAUUCAUACUACAGACUGUAUAAGACAACGCUACCGGCCAGUCAGUGUCAGGCGAGCCAUUGGGACAGUCAUCAUUGCUGGGGUGUUAUGUGGCAUUGUUUGCAUUAUGAUGGUGGUGGCUGGAGCAUAUGGCUGCAUAUACGCCUCCUUGAUGGCAAAAUAUCACCGGGAGCUUAAAAAGCGCCAGCCAUUGAUGGGAGAUGGUGAGCAAGAGCCGGAGGAACAAAAGCAAGCUUCCUCCAUGGCCUGAGAAGCAGGUGCAAGGAGAGCUCUGAUUUGUAAGAAAAAAAGCUACCAUCUUCUCUUGUCCCCAGUUUAGACCUCUGUGUGCUUGUUGCAGUGCUAAUACAAGUGUUGGUUUAAAAAAUUCUCACUGAGGUGCAGGGAAUCAAUCAAAAUCACCUCAUCAAAAUUUAUUCUACCGGCUUAAAUCCAGCUGUGUUUAUUUUCUGGAGUUUCAGGAAAUGUAGCAACCACUGAUACAUGGGCCACCACUAAAAGAAAGGAGGUGGUCUUCAAAACCUGACUGCAUGCUGUUUAUUUGACAGAUAUGUAGAACUCAAGACAGAAUGGCAAACUCCAUCCUUUGUUUGAAGUUGUAUUUUUUAGUUGGAGGAACAAGAAUUGAGCCUUUUGUUUCCUCUUCGGCAUUUUUAUAUUUUGUGUGAUUUGCUGUCCAGUUAGUUUUAACAUAUAAUAUAAAUAUAUAUCGUCGAGAAAGAUGACACAUGAUGGAUACAAUUGUAGUUUGUCUCAGUAUAAGGGUAGUUGGCUUCAAGUACCAAUGCAUGUAGCAACAAGGUUGAUUACUUUGCAAGGCUGUCAACCAAAAAUAUUAAAACCAAAAUUGAAAACUU